AUGACUCCUCAACAGCUUAAAGAUUUAAUUGCAAAUAAUACACCAAAAGCUACAAGGAAUAUUUUUCUUAUAAGGCAUGGUCAAUAUAAGAAGGAAAAGGCUAAAGAAAAAAAGAAGCUUACUCCACUUGGGCGUGAACAAGCAGAAUUUCUUGGAAAAAGGUUAACAAUGGCAAAAAAUCAAUUAAAAAUUGACAAGUGCGUGUUUUCUACAUUGAUUAGAGCAAGAGAGACGGGUGAAAUUAUGGCGAAGCAAAUGCCUCAUUUAAAAAUUGGAUGCACCUUGGAUUCGAUGUUGGAAGAGGGGGCACCUUAUCCUGGAAAUCCUUCUUUUGGUUGGAAUCCAGGCUUUUUUCAACUUCACACUGACGGUGCAAGAAUUGAAGCUGCAUUUCGCAAAUAUUUUCAUCGUGCAAAGCUGUCUCAGAAAGAAGAUAGUUUUGAACUUAUUGUGUGUCAUGCUAAUGUGAUUCGCUAUUUUGUUUGUAGAAUCCUUCAAUACCCUCCCGAGCGAUGGGUGGUUUUCAAUUUGGCUCAUACUUCAAUAACUUGGAUAGAAAUUAAACCAGAUGGCCAUAUAUUUAUCAAAACUGUUGGAGAUUUUGGACAUUUGCCGUCAGGAAAAAUUUCUUUUAAUAAUGUUUAA